AUGUACGACAACACCUAUAUUGCCAUGGGCAAGAUGGUGCGCGUCGACACGACCAGUUUCUCAUCCGCCGAUGUGGUGGACCUCGCGCAGAUCGACACCAACUACGUGCAAUUCAAGUCGGCCUUCACCGACGGCACCUAUGGCUAUUUGGUGCCCAACUCCUUUGGAAGAGUGGUGCGAUUCACCUUGGACCCCUUCGCCUUCGACGCGGAAUAUGACGUCAGCCUCCUGUCCUCAUCUUGGGACUUUGGCAUGUACGACGGCACCUACGGCUACUUGGUGGGAGACCAAUCGACCUCCAACGUGGUCCGCUUCACCUGGGGUGGCGCCUGGGACACGCUGGACAUGUACAGCAGCCACGGCGUUUUUAGCGGCUUCUAUUCAGCCUUUGUCAGCGGCUCGGACGUGUACCUGUUUGAGACCACGCAGUAUUCAGGCAUCUACCGACACUGCAAAGUCAGCAACCACGACCACGUCAAGCACCACUACCUCCACGUCAACCAGCACCUCAUCAUCAAGCACCACUUCUACCUCAAGCAGCUCAUCGUCAAGCACCACAUCCACGUCUACCACAAGCACCACCUCGACUAG